AUGAAUGGAGAAAGAGUAGUAGCUGAUGAUGGUGCAAAACAAAUAACAGAAAGAACCAAAGUCUUAGCAGCUUCUAUUAAAAGCCAGCUAGAUAAGUCAAUUCCAUGGUCUAGAGCUUCUGAAUGUUCAAUUUAUCGAGUACCCGAAAAAUUACGUAAAAUAGACAGUUUUAAAUACACGCCUAUAAGGAUCAGCAUCGGGCCGUUUCAUCACGCAGCCUUUAGCCUUUUCAAAGUUCAGAAGUUACGUUAUGCUCGUGAGUUACUUUCUCGCAACACGCCCAUAGGGACAACAACAAUGUUGGAAGAGUGUGUUGAAUGUAUAAAACGAAUCGAAGAUGAAGUUCGUAAGUGUUACUCGGAACCCAUAAAUCUAAGUAGCGAUGAAUUUGUAGAAUUGAUAGUGAUUGAUGGUUUGUUCAUCAUUGAAUUGUUUAGAAAAUAUGCGCACGGUGGAACGAUUAAACGAGAUGAUCCUAUUCUCGGCCAAAGUUGGGGUCUGAGAAAUUCAGUUAGAAAUUUGCUAUUACUCGAAAACCAACUUCCUAUGGUUGUUCUUGAAUGUUUGUUCAAUGCGCUUGCGCUAAAAAAGGAGUUUAAUGGUGUUUCCUUGAAUAUUAUUGCUUUGCAAUUCUUGAAUCAACAUUGGAUGCCUAGGGGUGAAAAUUUAAUCGUCACAAUUUUCUCGGGUUUUCAAGGAAAGCAUUUACUUGAUCUCUUAGGCAAGACCUACUUCCACAAUUUGCCACCUAAAGUUGGUAGCGAAAAGAAAAAUUCUUGGAAAUCUAUACCUAGUGCAACGGAGUUAAAAUGCGCGGGAGUAAAAUUUGCCGUGGGUUCUACGGAUGGCAGUUUCUUGGAUAUCAAGUUCAAGGAUGGAGUUAUGGAAAUACCUCCCGUAACUAUUAAAUAUGAAAAUGAUACGUUGCUCAGAAAUUUGAUUGCAUAUGAACAAUGUUGUGAUGGAGAUGUUACUUAUUACAUGACUUCUUAUGGUUUUUUAAUGGAUAGUCUGAUUAACUCGGGAAAAGAUGUUGGGGUUCUUCGUAAGCGUGGCAUCAUAACAAAUUUGGAAGAUGACGACGAAAGUGUUGCUUUUCUCUUUAGAAAAAAGCUUUGUAGCGAGGUACCCGUUGCAAACUUCUAUUACUCUGAAUUAUGCGACGAAGUGAAUAAGUAUUGCAAGACUCGUUGGUAUUGUUGUGGAGUUGCAGAAUUGUUGUGUUCACUAUUCUCAUAA